UUCGAGCAAGGAUUGUCUGAUUUCAGUUGACUUUCAUCUUAUGUUAAUAUUGAUAUGGUUCUUCUUCAUUGUGUUCAGUGCAAAAUGUAAGAAAAAUAAUUAUCGCGGGUUUGCAAAUAAUUGUCGUGAAAAUGAUAGAAUUGGCCCGAGAAUAGUACAGAAUAGUAAAUGAGCAGGUACAUCAACACAGAAAAGAAAACGUAUGUGACCAUAGACCAGCAAUGCCCGAAGGAGUCACACGUCAUGGAAAGGCAGCACCGGGAGGCUUAGGACGCGCACUUAAGCGGUUCUGGCAAUUGACGAGCUUUUGCUUCGUCAUCUCGGUGCUGGUCUUCGUCACAAGCAGCCCAUAUGAUCAGACCUCGUCACGCGUCAUGCAGACCAAGCAAUUCAACUCGUCAUGUUCAUGUCAAUCGCUGUUCACAAUUGGCGCUUGCGGUCUGUCUCAGUAUUAUAACAACAGGAGCCUACCAGAAUCAUACAGGCUUAUUUUUAAGGAAAUAGAAACCAAGCGAAAUGGAGACCCAAGUUUCAUCGCCAACCCUUUGAAAAGUUUGUCAAGGUUGUUGCCCAAGAUGUGGUACUUUGAUUUUAAAAAUACGAAUAAAUAUUUGCGCGAAAACGUGCUGGAGGAUGCAACUUACACCGCGAAAAUGCGUGAAACAAUUAAUUCUAUGUCUUAUAUUCCAUGUAACGUGCAUUUUUAUUCUCCGAAAGAAAUAAAUGCUUGUCUAACCAAGAGAAAGGAAAUGACAGGACGCAUAUUAAAAAUCGCCUUCGUAGGCGAUUCACAAGUACGUAACCUUUUAGAACAAAUGAUAAUGUUUCUCAGAGUUGAGCUGAACCUUCGGGCAGGCAAUAGCAAGGGCUUCAACCUGACAACGGAUUUCCUCAACCAGAAAUACAAGGACGACCUGCCAAUCGAAGGCGAGGGCAUCCAACUUCGCAUGUACUGGUCGACGUUCCUGGCGAGGAACCGCGAUCCCUCCAUCUCCAAGCAGGGCGCCAAGGACCUCCUGCAAACCUGGGCCCAGAACAGAACCUCGGCCAAGGGGGAAGAAGUACCGGAUAUUCUUUACUUUAACGACGGCAUGUGGGGUCCCGGAGAAACUUCCGAAUGGGGAGCGAUCUCGGUGGUGGAAGACGAUUUCGAUAAGCUGAAACCCUAUCUGCAAAACAUUUCAAGAACUACCAGACUGAUAUUAAGAACUCAGACGCCGUUGAAGAAGUGGGUAGCCAAACAAAAUGUAGCGAACUCUGCUUUGGAUAUGAUGAAUCAGUUGGCGUGGCUCACUCUGCGCGACACCGACAUCUGGAUCUGGGACACCAUCACGCCGGUGUAUUUGCGGCACAGGGCGGACUGUAAGGCCUACUGGAACACAGGGCUAGGAGGCCGCUUGCCUCCUGAGUGGGCCUGUGGAGACUUCCAGCACCCGAGCAAACUCAGCGAGACGAUAGCGGGCAACAUGAUCUGGAACUACGUCUGCAACGGCGUCAUGAGGUUUGAUCAGCAACACUGCUGUGUCUGACGGCUUAUUUCGUGUUCAUAUAACGAUGUAUCAUUUGAAAUGUAAAUAAACAAUGACACUGAUGAUGUAUUCAA